AGAGAGUGUGAUAGAAUGAGAGGAAGAGAGAGAGAAAGAAUGGAUUCAAAUGUUUUAUUUUCAUCCACUCACGUCCUUCUAUUCCCGUUCAUGUCCAAAGGCCAUACCAUCCCAAUUCUCCACCUAUCCCGCCUCCUCAUCCGCCGUGGCGCCGCCGUAACCGUUAUCACAACUCCGGCCAACCAACCCUUCGUCGCCGACUUUCUAUCCGGCACCCCCCAAGCUUCCAUCGUCGUCCUCCCUUUCCCAAAAAACAUCGUCGGAAUUCCCCCCGGCGUUGAAAGCACCGACAAACUCCCUUCCAUGUCACUCUUCUUUUCAUUCGCCGCCGCCGCAAAACAAAUGCAAACCCACUUCGAAUCAUAUCUCUCUUCAAUCCCCGUCGGCACCAUUUCUUUCCUUAUCUCCGAUGGUUUCCUCCCCUGGACCUUAGAAUCAUCCUCCAAAUUCAAAAUCCCACGUUUCUUUUACUACGGUAUGUCAAAUUACGCUGUAACCGUCAGUCGAGAGGUCUUUAUAAAUAUGAACCAAAUAGAUGUCAAAUCAGAGGACGAACUCUUUUCAGUUCCAAAUUUCACUUCUGUUAAGUUAACCCUGAAUGAUCUCGAGAAGAACGCAAGAGGCUCGGAAUUCAUACAAGAGUCGAUCUCUGCAGCUUCUAGAAGUUACGGUGUGGUCGUUAAUAGUUUCUAUGAACUCGAGCCUGUCUAUUUCAAUCACUGGAAUCAACAUGCAGUCCCGAAAGCUUGGUGCUUGGGACCGUUCUUCCUUGAACAUCCGUUAAAGGAAAAUGGUCCUAAAUCUCCCUGGAUGGACUGGCUGGACAUGAAGUUAGAAAAUGGGGAAUCCGUUCUGUAUGUAGCAUUCGGUUCCCAGGCCGAGAUUUCAAGAGAGCAAUUCGAGGAAAUCCGAAUUGGGUUAGAGAAAUCGGAGGUGAAUUUCUUGUGGGUGGUGAGAGGAUUCGAGGAUAAGAAUGGAGAUGGAUUCGAAAACAGAGUGAAAAACAGGGGAAUGGUUGUGAGGGAAUGGGUGGAACAGAGGGAUAUUCUUGAACACAAGAGUGUGACCGGGUUUUUAAGUCAUUGUGGAUGGAACUCGGUCAUAGAGAGUAUAUGCGCCAAGGUCCCGAUAUUGGCAUGGCCGAUGAUGGCCGAGCAGCAUCUGAAUGCGAGGUUUAUAACGGAUGAGAUCGGAGUUGGGAUUAGAGUGGAGACAUGUGAUGGAUCGGUUAGGGGGUUCGUCAAAUGGAAAGGGUUGGAGAAGAUGGUUAGGGAAUUGAUGGAAGGGGAGAAAGGAAAGGUGAUAAGGAAGAAGGUGGAGGAGGUGGGGGUUGCCGCCAUGAAGGCGGUGGCGGACGGCGGUUCAUCCUGGCGUGCGUUAAAUGAGCUCAUCAAUGAGAUUCAUGGAAAUAAAAUUAACAUUUCAUGAUUUGAUUGAUGAUAUUGCGUAAUGCGUUUUGUGGUCCUUUCUAUUUUGUAUUUUUCCUUAAGUUGGGCAGACUUUUAUUGAAGUAUGGGGGGGAAUAAUAUGUAUAUUCAAGAUCAGAUGGUAUCUUUGUUGAAUGCUAAUUGUAUUCUAGAAUUUUCAUUCAUACUAUUUUAAAACACAUUUAUUGGU